AUGAUGAUUCAGUUAGUCUUCAUAGAGUUUUGUAAGUUGCUUUUAUGUCACUUUCUAGGUGAUUCAAAAGGUGAAGUGGAUGCUGCUGCUUUGUUGCCGGUGCCACCAGACGGUGGGUAUGGCUGGGUUAUCGUAUUUGCAGCAUUCUUUUGCAACUUCUUGGUUGAUGGUAUCGCUAACGCUUUUGGACAGUUUACAAAAUUGUACGUGGAGACGUUUAAAUCUGACACAGCAACAGUGGCUUUUGUUGGAUCAUGCUUAAUAGGCGCUUAUCUUCUUGUUGGUCCGAUUGUCAGUGGACUGACCAAUAAAUACGGUGCAAGAAUUGUAGUUAUUCUCGGUUCUAUAAUCGCUGGGCUUGCAUUUUUGCUGUCAAUAAUGUCACCAAAUAUUUAUGUUAUGAUCCUUCUUUAUGGUAUUAUUGGAGGUAUUGGGCUUGGAUUUAUAUACCUACCGGCAAUAUGUGUUGUAUGUUAUUAUUUUGAGAAGAAACGUUCAUUGGCUACUGGAAUUGCAGUAGCUGGCUCUGGGGCCGGUACAAUUGUAAUGCCACCGUUAUGUUUUGAACUUUUGAAAAGCUUUGGUUACAAGACUACGUUAGGUGUGCUGGCUUUACUCACAUUUACAGGCAUCGGCUUGGGGUUGUUAUACAGACCACUGACUGCGUCGAAUGCUAGUGAUGAAGAAGCUCAGGAAAAAGAGAUGCAACCACUGAAUAAAAAAGACACGCAAGAAGAGAGAGACCACAGCCGUGCAGCAUCUGUUAGCGGUAACGAUGGGGAUAAGCCACAGUUUAAGCGGUUGCGGUCGACAGUAAGUGAAAGUGGGGACCCGUCUGCGCAACCGCUUAUUGACGGAAGCAGGGAUGGGGGAGGGCUGUAUCCAAAAUUAAACCAGAGUGAUGGGAAAGGAAAGCGGACUAGUGAAUCAAGUGAUGUUCUUGGAGCUGACUAUAAACUGACAAAGGUCUCUGCCCGAGACUAUGCUCAGUCACUUACUCGGCUUUCACAGACGGGUUUAAAAGACGCUGAGUCAAUGGCUUCAGCUGGCAGCAUCAAUGCAAAAGAAUUUUCAAAACCUAUGAAUCGUAACGACAUCUUCUAUCAAGGGUCUAUACAAAAUUUACCAGAAUUUCAAAAAGAAGCUGAAUUGAAAAGCCUUCCAGGUCGCGAUUUUCGUAAAUAUCGAGAGUCUCAGGUUUCAAUUCCUACUGAAUUCGCUGCCCAAGCACUAGGUCUGACCGAAGGCGGCACUGAUGAUACCAAUAACAAAGGGAUAUGCUCCUGUCUUCCACCGUCAGUUCGUAGCACCUUUUCUCAGAUGUUAGACUUUGAGCUACUGAAAGACACAUCAAUGAUUCUUCUUUCAUUUUCUAAUCUCUUUGGGAUGCUUGGGUUUUACGUUCCAUUUAUGUUCGUAUUUGAAAUGGCUAAGUCAAAAGAUAUAGAAGAAGAACAAGCAAAGUGGCUUUUACCGAUCCCAAAAUCUUUUUUUCAAUCUGGAACUGAAUACACUUGUUUAGGCCGUAUUGUUUUUGGUUGGCUAGCGGACCGUAAGUGGCUUUCUGCGUUAGCGCUUAACAACAUAUCAUUACUGUCGUGUGGAGUUUUAACCAUGCUUUGUCCUUAUCUAUCGUCUUAUACAACAUUAAUGGUCUACUCUGUCCUGUUUGGCUUCAUGAUCUCUUUAGUACCAUUUUCUGUUCCAGCUGCAUAUAUCUGUUUGACUUCGAUUGUCCUAACCGAUCUACUGGGAUUGGAGCGGUUAACAAAUGCUUUUGGAAUCUUGGUCGUUAGCCGUAGUAUUGCAUGCUUUAUAGGUACUCCAGUUGCUGGUUAG